AUGAAGACACAUGCUUAUCUCAUCAUUAGCAUCAACACCUUUGGAUGUGUCAUUGAAAUCUCCUACUUGUUUCUCUAUAUCAUUUACGCACCAAGAGAGGCCAGGAUAUUCACGUUGAAGUUGAUACUGAUAUGCAACAUAGGUGGACUUGGUCUCCUGAUUAUUCUCGUUGAUAUUUUUAUUCCAAAACAACACCGAGUCUCAACCGUUGGAUGGGUCUGUGCUGCUUACAGUCUCGCCGUCUUUGCUUCUCCCUUAAGCGUUAUGAGGAAGGUGAUCAGGACAAAGAGUGUGGAAUACAUGCCGUUUCUUCUCUCCUUGUCUCUCACUCUCAACGCCGUCAUGUGGUUCUUUUAUGGACUACUUAUCGAGGACAAGUUCAUUGCUAUGCCAAACAUUCUUGGAUUCUUAUUUGGUGUAGCUCAAAUGAUACUAUACAUUAUGUAUCACGAUUCUAAGAAAACAAAUUUGCCAAAACUCACAUCUACAGAGAACCAACCAACAAAUGAAACCAAUCUGAAUGAAGUUGCGAUCGUGGCCGUUGGUUUGCCAGAUGCUAGAACAGAAAACGUCGGAGGAUCGGUGAGGCCUAUGAAGACUCCAAACUCAAGCACCAUGGCGUAA